AUGACUCAAUUGGCUCGUUUACCAACUGAAUUGUUUCAUGAAUUGUUUCAAUAUCUUUGGGCAAAUGAAAUCCUUCAUUCAUUUUCGAAUCUGAGCGAUCAGAUGAAUUCAAUUCUCGAAUCUUAUUCAUCAUACCGAAUCAAUUUUCAAUCCACUCGAUAUUCCAUUUUUCAACGUAUUUGCGAACAAAUUCAACCGGAACAAGUGAUUUCAUUGAUACUUUCUGAUAAAAAUGAUACACCUCAUCUAACAAAGAUCUUUUUAUCUUACUUUCAUAUUCAACAGUUCACAAAUCUUCGAUUACUCUCUUUGAUCCAAGUUGAACACGACUCCUUGUGUAAAAUAUUACCUGAAUUAUCUAAAUUGAAACGAUUGCAUUCUCUUUCGUUUGAUAAUUCUAGUGGAAAGGGAAAAUUCGUUGACUUUACAGAUACAAAUACGAAAAUCUAUUCACUUUUACCAAAAUCUUCUUCAGAAACGAUUCUUCAAUUAAAAUAUUUGUGUACAACGUAUUCGGAUGCAUUAACAUCAAUGAAUUUUCCAAAUCUACUUCAGUUAAGACUGAAUUGUCAUUCAUUACAUCCAUUAAAUGCAAUUCUUCAACAAGCACCACAAUUGAAAUCUCUUACACUUUUUCUCGAUGUUUUCAGGGAUCUUUACGCAUUCCAACCCUGUUAUUCAUUAAGAAAACUUAUUCUAAUAGUUAAACAUGCACAUAUGUCAAUUGAUUUAAUUGGACAAUUUCUAGAAAAAUUUUCCAAUGUAACACAUUUUGAACUAAAAAAUAUAUUUGGUUUUGCUCAUAGAAGUUUAAUUGAUGGAUUUCAAUGGGAAAGAAUUGCCCAAUCCUUUUCAAUAUUUAAUUUCAAAUUUCAUAUGAAAGAUACAUUAACUGAAAGAAACUUAGAUUCUUUUCGUACACGAUUUUGGAUUGAAGAGAAACAUUGGUUUGUUGUUUGUCAGCAUAACUAUUUGUUCACUGUUUCUCUUUCUGAUUUUGGUUUACCAUACAUCGGUUUAACUUGUAUGAAGUCUUUGUAUUCGACAAUACCGAAUAACGCGAUUCUCUAUCAUCCUAAAUAUUUAAUAUUUCAUCGACGGCCGUCCAAUACUCAAUUUUGUUUCACAACGAUACAAAAUCUUCAACCUAUCUGGCUUGGCUCAGUUCAACUAUUAUCAUCUAUUAUUGAUUUGAAUCAAAUUCAAUAUCUAACGAUUAUUCCUCCUGUUUUUUCGUUAUUCAAAAAUAUUUCAUCUCAUAUGCCGAAACUUCAUACGUUACGUUUUGAAGGAAAUCAAGUCGAUAUAGAUGUGCCAGAACAAAGUUCUUUAUCAGGUUUACAAUUGAAACAAAUCCAUACAUUACAAUUUCAUAUAGCAAAAGAUUCAAAGAAAAGUAUUUACGAUCUUCAAAUGAUAAGUUAUUCAUUUCCAUUAGUUGAACAUAUAAGUACAUGGCCUGUUAAAUCAAGAUCAGAUAUUAUUUAUAUUAUUGGUUUAUUCAAACAAUUAUCAAGUAUAUCAUUUGUUAUUCAUCAAUCAAUCGACAAGAUAAAAAGAUAUUCGGAAUUUGAUUCACAAUUGAUUCUUAAUGAUAUCGAAAAAUAUCUUCAUUGUUCGGCAAUGUGUCGAAUUGAUUUUAUAUCAGAAAAUGAUCGCACACCUGAUCUUCUUCAUUUUUGGCUUUGUGAACGAGUAAGAUGA